AUGUCGCUUUCGGUGGCGCUCGAGGCGGUGAACAAUUUACUUGCUGAGAGAAAUUGUCCGUUCAAAGCUUUAAGUGAUACCCAGUCCCCAGUUGAGAAGCUGUUGCAUCCAAAAUCCAUGAGUAUGUCGAGAGGCGAAAGCUUGUUGGCGGAACUCAUGUACUUACGUGUGGAGGCUCUCAUCACAGAACUCACUGCAUUGGCUGAACGCCAUAUCGACAAGGCUACCAUCAUUGUUUCAUUAAUCGAGGAAAGGAUACAGAAGAUUCUACCAAAGUACAAGCUAUACAGCUUCUACCUCAUGGACUCCAUUAUAAAGAACGUUGGCAAUCCAUAUAACUUGCUUUUUGCCAGAAACCUUCACAAAAUCUUCACUGAGAGUUACCUUGUGGUCACUGAUACCCUAACCAGACAAAACCUUAUUAAUUUGUUCAAGACAUGGCUUACGGGUAGAACCAACACUGGCGCAGAAUUGUUUCCACAUGAUGUGCUUAUGAAGGUGGAGCAAUUCAUCAUCAAGGCCACUUCUUUGAACACUGGCGGUGAAGAGAAUGUAAGGAUCACGAGAGACACGCUCUUGAGAGAAGCCAACUACUUGCUUCAAUAUGUAAUUGCUAUGGAUGAAGACAUUGAACGUUUUGAAGACCAUGAAAAAGCAUACAUUGAUGAUGCCAAGUCGAAGCAGAUUCACCAGUUCCAUUGCACUAGGAACAAACUUAUUUUAAGCAUUAACAGCAUCAGUGAGACAGUCAUGGUUAGUCCUAAGCCUGAGCUCGACAAAAUUAAGGAGCCUUUUGCCGGCGACUUGCAACAGAUAAGACGUACACUUGAUGAUCAGAGCUUCCAACAGCUGGCGUUGUUCAGAAGCGUGAUGGAACAAAAGCAGGGUGUUUUGGAUAAAGAAAGUCUCAAGAGGAUAGAAAUCAAUCUUAUACCAAAGCAAUUCGAUCCGCUUAAAGUGAUGUCGGGCGACGAGGAUAUCGCCUUUGAAGCAUUUGUCAAAGGCUGGGGAUUGCCUAUAAUUAAUAAGGAGGACGCGAUGGUGAUAGAGGAGAAGCAGAUACAACCAAAGACAGAAGAGGUUCCAAAGGAUGACACGUCGCUAGCUGCUCAACUUGGAUUGAACAACGAGAUUACGCAUAUAUCACCAUCACACUCGUUGAAUGAAAACAUUGACGAUGAAGAUGAUGAUGAGCUUGGCUACGACCCGGAAAAGACAGUUACCGAGCAAGAGCAUGAACUCAUUAGUGGAGGAUUCCUGGAGCCCGAGCCCAAGCCCUUCAACGGGAAGUCCAGCUUGAAGAGGCCAGGCAUUACAGACGAAAAGGUCGUCAAACGGGUUAGGUUUGACGUUUAA